GUGUGAAAUCAGAUCAGUAGAUAAGUGUCUGAACAGAAGGGCACUGCCAAGCAAUCACAAAAGGCCCUUGGAAACUACAACUCAUCUACAACUCAUCGCCCAGAUCAUUUCCAUCUAAGCUUCGAGUUUCGCAUUCGAGAUGUCUUCUAACGACGAUCAGGAUGAUCUGAAGCCCUCUGCCACCCCAGGCUACAAGCUAACUACAGCUCCAAAAACAGCGGAAGAAUUCGCCAAGCUCGACCAGGAAGAUGAGAGCUUAGCACGGUGGAAGGCCAGUCUUGGUAUCAUGCCUGGAGCAUCCACUGGGGACACCUCGGGACCGAAAGUGACAGUUCUGACCCUGGAGCUUCAUUCAUCCACGCUGCCUCCUGGCAAGAAGCUUACCUUCGACCUCAACAACGCUGCCAUGAUGGCCGACAUCAAGAAGAACCCAAUCAUUAUCAAGGAGGGCAUAAUAUAUAACGUUCGGAUCACGUUCAAGGUCAAUCACUCAAUUAUUUCUGGUGUUCGAUACAUUCAGCUGGUCAAACGUGGUGGUAUCAAAGUGGACAAGGUCGAGCAAAUGCUUGGAUCAUACGGUCCCCAUCCCGAAGGAGAAGCAUACACGAAGAACUUUGAAGAAGAAGAAUCGCCGUCGGGUGUCAGAAGCCGCGUUGUGGACGAUGAUGGGGAAGUAUACGCAGACUGGGAGUGGUCGUUUAAACUUGCCAAGGAGUGGUGAAUGAAGACGUCUUGUCUUUAUGUCAUUUUACGGCUUUUGUUGCAUUACCCUAUGGCAUCAUUUGAUAUCAGCUCUCGUAUCUCCUUGCUUGUGCUUGUUUCAAACUGAAGCCACCACAUCGAGUGGCUGAAGAAAAGUACGGCUGACUGAAGUUUUCCACUGAAGAUACUUAUCACUGCGGGCUAUGGAAAUUUGACGGGUUAACAGGGUCGUCUGUGGUGCUAAGCACGGAGAAUGUGUCAUAGCGUACAGAACGAUGCAAGUAGCUAACAUGUACAAUACUAGUGCGAUGAUACAGAAAGCAAUAACUAAACGGUGGGCCAUACAGUAA